GAUAGGUUGGGAGUGUGAGGGGCUGUAAGCAAGUGAAUGGGAAUGUAAGCAAAGGGAUGAUGGGAAAUCAGGUUAGCUCACUCUGAAGCCCAUUGAGGCAAUUGUUUUGUGAUAUUGGGCUAUAAAACUGAAAAUUGAAUUAAAUUCUGCCAACAGUUCUACCAACAACUCAGAGCUGAAUUUCCAAAGAACUCCCGUCGGUCUGCAGGAACUACGUCCAAGAAAACAACACACUUUUAUUUAUGCUAAAAACGGCAUAAUCAUAAUUAAAAAAUCACUGGGAUUCGAGUGGGACAGGAAUGCAUGAUAAUAGUGUAUUUAAGCCUAAAGAAAAAAAUAAAAUAAAAUGGAGCAAAAAUACCCAUUCCUCACAAAAUAAAGAAAGAAAUGAAAACCACGUCACUUCAUGACGCAUGCUCCAGAGUUUGAUUUAAUUAAACCAGAAUACAGUUUUUAAAAACAUAACACUUGAAUAAUUAAUAAUAUGACAUGAAGGAGAAUGAACUGCGUCAGAUUUAUAAUUAGAUUAAAGAGAGUAAGCAGCUGUUGUUUAAUAGCUAAUGACAUUUUUUUCACAAAAAUUAUUAUUUUUUUUUAUUGUUUUUCUUUGGGAAAGUGUUUCAUGUCUGUAUUCCUGGACACCUGACCUUCCCAGGUUGAACAAAAGGCCAUCAGCUGAUUGUCCUAUAGAUGGUGUCCCUAACAUGAUAAAGGGUAAAAUAGCAUUGGUUGAGAUAAAUCCUAUCUGAAAGGAUACUCUGGGGCACUGCAAUGCAGCAGCACUGACGAAUAUUGCCAUAAUAAAGCAUUUCUGUGAUUGUGUGUGCUGUGCGUGCAGAUGUGCAGGAAGGCAACAGAUGAGUGGGAGCUGAUAGAUCUGUCAUGCGAUACAAAUAUCUUAGACCAGAGGAAGAGUGACUCAGUUUAAGAGUGGAAGUGAGGAGAAAGAAAAGACUGCCAAAAGGCAAAAGGGGGGACUAUAAAACAGGCGGGGAGACGGAAGAAGAGAAGGAGAAAAAGGAAUUACAGCCAUUGAGAGACAAAAAAAGGAGAAACUCUUUAAAGUUAGUGCUAAAAAUAUCGGGAACAGAAAUGGCAAAUAUAGGAGGAGUGUUCUUGACUUCUCUCUUGUUCCUGAGAGCCAGUGUGCCGUGUUUUUCUUUGUAUAAAAGCGGGGAAUGCUUCUUCAACACCAAAGGGAGCUGUGAACACAAGGGACAGGUGUAUGAGAUUGGAGAAAAAUGGAUCACCAACGACUGCUACCAGUGUGUCUGCAUGGAACCCUUUGGAGUGGGAUGCUGUGACCAAGGAUCUGCACCCGUUGAUCAUCCAGAGUGGUGCGAGGUCAUUCGCAAACCUGACUCUUGUAUCAGCGUUGCUGUGAUGAGAAUCAACCAUAAACUGCCCUGCCUGUGGGGACGAGGACGCUUCAGAACCGCUGGAGCGCCAUGGAUAUCUGAAAACGAUCCUUUAUUCUAGUCAACACAAAAACACAAUGCUUAAAGAGAUUUAACAAUUAAAAAAGCCAUGUAUAUCCCCUUUUUAGUUGUGAAAAGGUUAACUUUUUAAAAAAGUAAAAAAAAUAAAAUUUUGUCUGUUCUAUUAUCUACUUGGACAAACAUUUGAGAUUAAGGAUGUUACUGUUUGUGUUACUUAUUUGUAAAUGGUUUUAAUAAAACACAUGUUGCAACAAUUA